AUGCACGAUGUGAUCCGGAAAGUGAAGAAGAAGGGCGAGUGGAAGGUACUGGUGGUGGAUCAGCUCAGCAUGCGCAUGCUUUCCUCCUGCUGCAAGAUGACCGACAUCAUGACGGAGGGCAUAACGAUCGUGGAAGACAUCAACAAGCGCCGGGAGCCGCUGCCCAGCCUGGAGGCCGUCUAUCUCAUCACCCCCUCCGAGAAGUCCAUCCACUCCCUCAUCAGCGACUUCAAGGAUCCCCCCACCUCCAAGUACAGAGCUGCCCACGUCUUCUUCACUGACUCCUAUGCCCUGUGCACCGAGCUGGUGAAAUCCCGCGCUGCCAAGGUCAUCAAAACCCUGACGGAGAUCAACAUUGCCUUCCUCCCCUCCGAGUCCCAGGUUUACUCCCUGGAUUCGGCCGACUCCUUCCAAAGCUUUUACAGCCCCCACAAGGCUCAGAUGAAGAACCCGAUCCUGGAGCGCCUGGCAGAGCAGAUCGCCACGCUGUGCGCCACGCUGAAGGAGUACCCGGCCGUGCGGUACAGGGGGGAUUACAAGGACAACGCCAUGCUGGCGCAGCUCAUCCAGGACAAGCUGGACGCCUACAAGGCUGAUGACCCCACCAUGGGCGAGGGUCCGGACAAGGCUCGCUCCCAGCUUCUCAUCCUGGACCGCGGCUUUGACCCUGCUUCCCCGGUGCUGCACGAGCUGACCUUCCAGGCCAUGAGCUACGACCUGCUGCCCAUCGAGAACGACGUCUACAAGUAUGAGACGAGCGGCAUCGGGGAAGCCCGGAUUAAGGAGGUUCUUCUGGAUGAGGAUGACGACCUGUGGGUCACCUUGCGCCACAAACACAUCGCCGAGGUGUCCCAGGAGGUGACCCGGUCCCUGAAGGAGUUUUCGUCAAGCAAGAGGAUGAACACAGGCGAUAAGACCACCAUGAGAGACCUGUCCCAGAUGCUGAAGAAGAUGCCGCAGUACCAGAAGGAGCUCAGCAAGUAUUCGACCCACUUGCACCUGGCCGAGGACUGCAUGAAGCACUACCAGGGCACGGUGGACAAGCUCUGCAGAGUUGAACAGGACUUGGCCAUGGGCACUGAUGCUGAAGGCGAGAAGAUCAAGGACCCCAUGAGGGCCAUCGUCCCCAUCUUGCUGGAUGGGAAUGUCAGCACCUAUGACAAGAUCCGCAUUAUCUUGCUCUACAUCUUCCUGAAGAACGGUAUCACCGAGGAGAACCUGAACAAGCUGAUCCAGCACGCUCAGAUCCCAGCAGAGGACAGCGAGAUCAUCACCAACAUGGCCCACCUCGGGGUGCCCAUCAUCACAGACUCCACCCUGCGCCGCCGGAGCAAGCCGGAGCGGAAGGAGCGGAUCAGCGAGCAGACCUACCAGCUCUCCCGAUGGACCCCUGUAAUUAAGGACAUCAUGGAGGACGCCAUCGAUGACAAGCUGGACACCAAGCACUACCCGUACAUCUCCACCCGCUCCUCCGCCUCCUUCAGCACCACUGCCGUCAG